AUGCGUCGAGAGCCAGUGACAGUAGCGAAAGCUAAGCAGUCGAAAGCCAUCGAUGGCCUCGGGCACUUCGUCCUUUGGCUGAUUACAUUUGGCGGUGUUGAUGCCGAUGAAAGGAGGCUUUUGCCUUGGUUCGUCGUGCUGUUCGCUCAAUCUCUCGUCGCUGGGCUCGAAGCCCAAGCAAGCACGCGCGGCGCUCCAGCCGCGCUUUUCCACCGCAAGAUCCCUCACUCUCGUCGCUCUAGGCUCACGGGUAAGCACAACAACAUGUUCAUUCAGCGUUCAGCACCCCUCGAACCAAGCACGGACGCUCCACCUACCAUUUACGGCAAAAUUCUAUACCGGAGAUUCUUGAAAAUGAUCAGCCACUGA